UCACGUUGCAAACACUAAUCAAUCGGGAAUGAGCCACAACCCUCCGCUGGAGGAUCAAGUCAGGACCUCGCCUCUGGACCCAACCACAAUCCUUGCUUGGACACCCCAGCAAGAUGAUGAUAUCAUCGAUAGCCAGACAGCUAGGCACCCGAGCCCACGGCUCCGCCAUCUUGAGGCGUGCUACUGUUGCCAAUUCUCUCAUCCGACCUCUCUCCAGCAAUGCGUCCUCGAGAUAUGCGGUAGUAGACCAUGCCGCUGCCUACGAAGAAUCCAUGCAAGGGUUGCACGGCAAACAGCUUCAGUUGGCUCAAUUGGAAGGGAUUGGAAAAGACGAUGCCGACUUUGAUCCCUUUUUGCAAGAGGAAUUGGAAGAAGACGAGGAAGAUCAACUAGCCAUGGAGGGAGACGAAGACGACGAGGAGGAUUUUGAAUACGAGCCAGACGACAACGAAGCGGACGAGGAUUGGCCCUACAACAAUGAUGGAUCCUUAAAAUGGAAAAAGUCGCAAUUGGUCACAUUCCGUGCCGGGGCUCCCGCAGGAGGCAUGUUUGCCGUGGUGGAAUUGGCAGGAUCCCAGCACAAGGUGACAACGGAUGACUUGCUAGUGGUCAAUGUGCUCCAACCCGUUGAUCUCUACAAGGUUGGAUCCGUCCACACCUUGAAGGAUGUCAUGUUGGUGGGAUCCUCCCACUUGACUUUGGUGGGAAUGCCCUAUGUGACGGGAGCCGAAGUCGAUGUCAUGGUGGAAGAAAUCACGCAAGAUGCCAAAGUGAUUGUCUUCAAAAAACGUCGAAGGAAAAACUACAAACGAAAAAAGGGACAUAGACGAGAUGUCACCCUCUUGCGCAUCUUGGAUGUUCGACCACCCAAAGAGCACGCCAAUCACGUUCAUGUACAAAGAGAGAAUCCAUAGCCUAUAGUAAGUAGCAGACGAUGGGCAGCAGCGAAAGCACUGGGCAUGCAUCGUGACUGGCAAUUAACUUGGUUGGUGUGAGCACUGCUGCACUAAAGUAAAGUCGACUUGUGUGCAAGAUAGAAAGUGUUACUGGCGCCGGUUAAAUCAAUUUCAUAGCUACCCAGGUGUCAGAUGUGAAAGAAGCUGAACCUCUGUUGCUACGACAGGAAUGUUUGAGAGCGUGGUUGAAA